UGACUUGUUGAUAGUGUUUAUCGACAGAUAACAGUGGGUCAGUAUUGCUAAAUGGGAGGGGUAGUCAACACAGUUGAAAUUUUACUUUCUAAGUUUAGAAUUUCUAAAUUUAUGAUUUGUUUUGGAUACCAAAAGACUGCUUAUUCGUGAUAUGUUGGUAGAUUUGUGAUCUAGAAAACUUACCUGUUAAAGAUCUCAGCAUAUUAAGUGUACUAGUUGUUUAAUUUAUAAUACAAUAUGUUAUUAAUCAAGAAUAAGCUAUUUUCCUGCUGUGGAAGACAAUUGACAAACAUAUCUCAGAAUUUUUCAAGGAAUUAUUGUCUGCAUUACACAAAUUUUGAUGUUAUUGUUGUUGGAGGAGGGCAUGCUGGAACCGAAGCAUGCGCAGCUGCUGCUAGAAUGGGUUGUCGAACAUUGCUCAUAACACAUAAGAAAGAUACUAUAGGGGAAAUGUCAUGCAAUCCAUCAUUUGGAGGUAUAGGAAAAGGACAUUUAAUGAAAGAAAUUGAUGCAUUGGAUGGUUUAUGUGGAAAAAUUUGUGACAAAUCAGGAAUUCAGUACAAAGUGUUAAACAAAAGGAAAGGCCCAGCAGUUUGGGGUCCUAGGGCACAAAUUGACCGAGCUCUCUAUAAACAGCAUCUUCAACACGAACUUUUCAAUGAGACUCCUAACCUUGAUAUAAUUUCGGCCUCUGUUGAAGAUUUGAUUCUUCAGGCUCCAUAUGAGUAUAUAAACAAACCUGCCAAACAGGAAUGCUGUGGUGUUAUUAUAAAAGGUGGAGCCCAAAUAUUUUCAAAGGCUGUUAUAAUAACUACCGGAACAUUCCUGAAGGGCCAAAUAAAUAUUGGCUUGAAAUUUCGGCCAGCUGGAAGGCUUGGUGAUGAACCUGCUAUUGGUUUAGCGAAUACACUUCAUAAAUUCGGCUUCAGAAUGGGAAGACUCAAAACCGGUACCCCUCCAAGAUUGGAUGGAAGAACUAUAAAUUAUAACGUAUGCAUACCUCAACAAGGAGAUCCGAAGCCCAUGCCGUUUUCCUUUAUGAAUCAGAAAGUGUGGAUACAGCCAGAGGAUCAGAAACUUUGUUACCUUACUUAUACCAACCCGAAAGUCAAUUCGAUUAUAUUGAACAACAUGCAUCGGAACCGACAUGUAACAGAAGAAAUAAAUGGCCCUAGGUAUUGCCCUUCUAUCGAAUCCAAAGUACUAAGGUUUGGUGACAAGUUCCAUACGAUAUGGCUUGAACCUGAAGGUUUGGAAUCAGAUGUUGUUUAUCCCAAUGGUCUCUCUUGUACACUUCCAGAAGAAUUGCAGGUGAAGCUAGUUCAUAAAAUACAAGGGCUAGAAAGUGCCACUGUUCUUAGACCAGGGUAUGGAGUGGAGUACGACUACGUAGACCCACGUGAAUUAACUCCUUACCUCGAAACAAAGAAAAUUUCUGGUUUAUUCUUGGCUGGCCAAAUUAAUGGCACAACUGGAUAUGAAGAAGCAGCUGCUCAAGGAAUUUUGGCUGGAAUAAAUGCAGCAUUAGCAUCUCAAGGUUGGCCAGGCAUGAGCAUUGGAAGGACGGAGGGAUAUAUUGGUGUGCUAGUUGACGACCUCACCACAUUGGGAACGUCCGAGCCUUAUAGGAUGUUUACAAGCAGGGCAGAGUUCAGGCUUAUGUUACGUCCUGACAAUGCGGACCUGAGGCUUACUUCAAAAGGUUAUCAUGUUGGUUGCGUAUCAAGUCAACGUUACGAGAAGACGAUGAAAAUGAAGAAAGAUCUUGAAAAUGCUUUUGAGCUGUUCGAUUCUGUUAGCUUUUCUACUCAAAAAUGGAGAGAAAUUCUCCAUUUGCCUUCAACUUCUAAUACAGAAAGAAAAACAGCUAGUGAUAUGCUUUCGCUAGCAAAUGACAAUAUUACUGUUCAAAUGUUGACGGACUCUCUACCGGAAAUAUUUGGACAUUUGGCAACAGAUGAAGACCUUUGCAUUAGGAUUAAAAUAGAAGCACUGUACCAAACAGCUAUAGACAUGCAAAAAGAACAAGUUUCGCAAAUUAAGAAGGAAGAGUCAAUGAUUAUUCCCCCAGAAGUAGACUAUACUUCGUCUAAAUUGAGUAUUUCUUCUGAAGAACAAGAAAAAUUGAUUACAGCACAGCCACAAACUAUUGCUGCUGCUAGCCGAAUUCCCGGUGUAACGCCAUCUACAAUUCUGCGGCUCCUUUACUACAUCAAAAGUCACUCUAAAGUUGCUCAACACAUAUCUUAAGUCACUUACAAAUAUUUGUUUAGAUUAACUUUUGUUAAUUAAUGCUAGAUAAUAUUAUUUUCUAUUGUGUUCAUUAUAAUAAGUAGAAGUAUGUGAUACUUAGUGUUAUGUGACGAUUCCAUUAAGUGACCUGACCAGUUCUUUUUGUUUAAUAGAUCUAAGUUUUCUAUUAAUGUUUUGUUUUUCAUUUUAUUAUUGUGUGUAAAUUACUUAUAUUACAUAUGGUUUAUUUUCACAUAAACGUGUGUUUCUCUGUUCAAACUGUACCUGCAAUUGAUCAUGCUCAGGGUAAAGAAUAUCAUCAUUAAAAAAAAAAUCUCAAGUGGAUGUAAAAUUUUAUUUUGAUUGUUUUAAUUUUUAAAUAUAGAUCACAGUUCGUUUUAUAGAAAGAUGCUUAAUAAUUUUAAGUAAAUAUCUACUAAUUGUGGUUUGUUUGACAGAUAUCUGUUUUAUGACUUAAUUUUUCAUUAGUAAUAAAUUAAUUAUGGUAGCUAUCUUAACAAUCAAUCAGAAAUGUGAUUUAUUAAAAGUACCCAUACACAUUCUUAAUUUUUUCUGAUUAAUAUUUCUUUUUCAGUUUAUAUUUAUCAUGCCUAAGAUUUUUCAAGAAAUCGAAAAGUUAUUGGUUGAACUUGCACCAGAAUGUUCCAGAGUUUAAUGUUUAAUGGAGUUUUAAAAUAAAUUAUUAUGUUAAGUUUUUUUUUUUUUUAAUAAGUAAUAUAAUAAAACCAAUUAGACUGUUUUAAGACUAA